AUAGCCAUUCACAGCGAACGCCGGGUCGUUCCAGGUAGCUCAAUUGCAUCCCAUCGCUAACAAAGUGACGGCUUGUAAAUUGUUGGGAUUUAAAAUUUAAAAUUGUCUGGUGGACAGGGCUUGAUCCCAAAUAUCGCUUACCUGGGAGCGCGGAUUUCCGCGAAGUGAGACGCGGUCGCAGACAGGCAGAACGCGAAGCGCAUCCCUGUGAUGAAUAUAAGCCACCGACGCACUUGAGAGACCAGCCAGACCAAUGGAGACCUCGGAAGCGAUGAAUACUUGUGAGGAGGGAGACCAGCUGAACGGUUCCUUCCGCCUGCAGUGCUCGAUGUCCUCCGUGGACAUCGAGAGCGAGAGUGACCUCUCGCUGGCCUUCGAGCGCGAGGAGCAGUCCCCGGGUGGCAGCUGCGACGAGCUGCCGGCCUUUGAAAUCCGCGCCUUCUCGCCCCACGGACGCACCCCGUCGCCCAUCGACGAUCUCGAUCUGUCGGACAUCGAAACGCCCAAGCAGCCGCUGAGGCAGCAGCUCCCUCCGGACGAGGAGGAGCCCUCGCGCCAGAACGAUCCUCAGUACGUGGCCCUGCACGAGAUUAACGCCCAGAUCAGCCCGCCCAGUGACGCGGACGACUCAAAAAACUUGGAGACCAUCUACGAGGGCGUUUUCCUGAGCACCCCGCCCCGCGAUAAAACUUCCAACUCGGGCAUCUCCCGCUUCACGCCCAAGCGCGGGCGUGCAAAUCUCAUCGAGCUGAUGGCCAACCGGCUGCACAGCGGCAAGGAGAACCAGUCGCCGGGAGCGGGAGUCUCCGAACCGCAUUUGCCAUCGCCACUCAAGGACCCCACAUAGUGACCGCAG